AUGAAAUUACUGCACUUCUCCGAAAAUGUUAGACCCGCAUAUUAUGGUACCUUUACCCAAAGAAGUAAUCGCGUCUCUGGUAGACGUCCAUUUAUACACGAUGAUAAAUUAGACUAUGACAUUGACAGUGAAGCCGAAUGGGAGCCUGAGGGCGAAGGCGAGGAUAUCGUCAGUGGUGAUGAGGAUGAGGACGAUCCCAACGCAGAUAUGAUUGACCCUGAAGAUGCUGGAUGGCUGGUACCGGAAGGUUAUCUAUCAGAUAAUGAAGGUGUGGAGGGUGAAGAUGAAGAUGAUAGAGGCAUUGCCAAAGCUUCAACUCUGUCUACCAAUAAACGAAUUGCUGUCAGAAAAAUCGUUCUGGGUCCCUUCUUUGAAGGCAACGACCAUGAUGAUCUUUUAAAGCCAUUUGAAACAAACUUUUUUGUUGACACGUCUGAAGAAGGUUAUAACCCAUUUUAUAAAGAACCUGUCGCUAGAGCACCGACUAUUACCCCUUCCACAGUGGCACCAACAACAGCCAACAAUACUACACAAGUUAAAACAACACAUUUUACAGACGAAAGAACCAACGCGCUGAUAAACGUCAUCAAUGAGAAAUCGUUGGAUUCUAUCCCAAGUCUAAUCACAGAAGCCAAAUCCAAUCAUCUGCUAAAAGAUGUAUCCAAGAGACAAUUAGAAGCAAAGAUCAAAAAUAUCGCUGUUAAGGAAAAGCGUGGAUCCGACACAAAACCCACUUGGUAUUUGAAGGCACCAACAUCUCAAAAUGAAAGUUAG